AUGUCGGGAGCGCCGGGCCCGGGGCGAACCCCGCUGCCCUGCACCGCCCGCGCCGCCGCCCACCUGCAGCUGCCCGGGGGAGCCGAGGCGGCGCGGCCCGGCGUGGCCGUCAUUGACGUGCGCUUUCCCCGCGGCGGCGCGGCUGACGUGCACGAGAUCGUCUUCAAGAACUUCUACACCGCCUUCCUGAGCGUGCGGGCGCAGCGGGCCGGGCCGCCGGGACCCCGCAAGUGGCUCACCUGCCUCCGCGACCUGCGGCUGAUGCCGUGCCCGCACACGGAGCUGGGCGCGCAGGAAUACUUCUCUCUCCGCCGCUCCCAGAUGCUGUGCGACAUGGAGCAGGUGACGGCGCUGCGCUUCAUCCUGCGGCAGCCCUCCCCGGCGUGGCUGCACUUCGGAAUCGAGGAGCUGCAGCUCUUCCCUCCUGGCAGCAAGACCUCCCCGCAGGACGUCCCCUCCUGGUUGUCCCAGCUGAGCCCUCCGGAGCGACCCCUCAGCCUGCAUGGGCGCACAGCUGGUGGCUGCUCCAGUGCUGCCGGGCCUUCUGACCCCAACAGAUCGUGGCUUGAGCACUCCAUUCCCAGUGGAUGUACCGAAUCACGGUACCCAACCCCUGCGCUUCCAGCCCCCUCCUGGCCCUGCUGGCACCAGGGAUCAUUCCAGAGCCCCAAAACCACUGCCCGGUGCUGGAAGCAGUUUGCAGUUCAGAAGAAAAACCGCCCAUCAGGGCUGCUCGGCGGGCGCUAUGGCCGUGGCACGGUGCUGCCGUGCGGCCUGCACGAGGGCUGCCCCGGCCCUCCCGGCCCUUCCUGCACCGCUCCCGCUGCCUUCCAGGAGCUGCCCGACCCAGAGAAGGUGGCGGCGGAGGUGCAGCAGAUGUGGGCGCUGACGGAGGUGGUCCGCGCUCGGCAGGCGGCCGCGCGCAUCGGACGCUUCGACGUAGACGGCUGCUACGACGUCAACCUGCUGUCCUACAGCUGAGCCCCGCUGGCUGCUCCCGGGACCGGCGUGGAUGCUGCAACCGGUGGACUCCGACCCGGCCUUUGCCCCACGGCCCCUCCCGCAGCUCCGUCUCCACCACCCGCGGGCUCGGUUGGGGCCCGGCCCCCACGCGUUCCGCGGCCGUGCCUCCGGAUAAAGGCUACUACCGCG